AUAAAAAGAGAGAGAAAGAGAGAGAAAAGAAAAGAAGUUGAUCUCGUUGUUCUCUAAGCUUAGCUUAGCUCUGCUGAGAGAGCAAGUAUUUCAAUGGAGUUCAGACCUCGAAACUACGUCGCAGAAGAGCAGUCCCACUCGCUUCCUCGAUCACGCGCCGAUAUCCACCCUUUCUCUUCCUCCUCUCCUCAGUCUAUCCUCCGCCAGGUUGAUGAUAACGAGGAAAAUAGAAACAACGAGGAGUUCUUUGAUCCGCUUAGAGCACCUGAUUCUAAGGCAUCGGUUGAACCUGUCGACGGACACGAUUUUGAGAGUAGUUCUAAUGGAAACGACGAUUCUUUCCCAGUUCAAACAAAGGAGUGGACCUCUUUUAAGAGAUUCUUAAUGCAGAGAUUUCCUGUUUCCAAAAUGAUUUCAGUUUCUUCUAUGUCCAAUACAAUAGUGAGAAGUGGAAAAGCACAUGAGAAAUCUUCAAGUAGCACACAUCUGGAAGAACUGGAUGAUCCACAAAAAUUUUCAGAGACGGAUACCAAGGUUAUCACUCAGCAGGAAUAUGUAUCACGAUUACAUGAACUGAAAGAUGAAAUAAAUCGUGCUUGGCACAGUGAAGAUCGUGUAAAAUCUUUGAAGUUAUCUAUAAAGGUUGCAAGGCUUCUAAUGGAUACAUCAGUUUCAAAUUUUUAUCCAACAUUGUUUGUCCUAGUUACGGAUGUACUGAACAUGCUUGGGGACAUGGUAUGGGAACGCAUUAGGCAGAAAGCUGAAUUUGCUGACGAUGGAGCCAGACUUUGCUCCUUGAGAGCAGAGAAUUUUAGAGCAAGUGAUGUUCCUAUUGAUGCCAAGGAAACUUGCUAUAACUGGUUUUGCAAGGUUGGCUCCAUUCGAGAACUUCUUCCACGAAUUUAUUUGGAGCUGGCUAUCUUCCCUUGUUGGCGUUUUCUGAUUGAACAACCAGCAGAGUCUCUUCAGCGCCUCGUCAUGAUGACUAGAGGGAUAGGAGAUCCGUUAGCAUCUGCCUAUUGUCGCCUGUAUAUUGCCCAUCAUGCACAGAAGUUGCCCUCACAUGAUACAGGAUAUCUAAUUACAUGUCUUAAUGACAUCACACUCAUAUUUACACGGAUAUCAUCAACAAAGGAAUCUGCACAUGGAUGUUUCGCUGACAGUAAGAGGUCACUUAUCAGUCUGAUGGAACCAUCUGUUGAGUUUAUUAUGAAAUGCAUAUUAAAUGAUGCAUCUCAGAGGCGGGCAGGGAAAGUACUUGUUGAGCUUGGACUAGGGAGAAGUCAGGAGGAAUUAUUUGGUGGUUCCCUAUGUGUCUCAAUUGUACUUCAUCAUUUACUGAAGGAACUUCCUAUUGACAUUGUUAGCUUUCAUGCUGUGGAUAUCCUUCAUCUUAUUAAGUGCAGCAAUGAUAACUCCUAUGAUCAGUGUUUGAAUUAUAGGUUGGUUGGACUCAGGCUGUCUGAACAGAUAUCUCAAAUUGGCAGUGUUGAGGCUGUUGUCAAUGAAGUUAUUCAGGUGGUUUCUGAAUAUGGGCUUGAUGAGUACCUGAAGGUUGUAGAUGCUUAUCUUGAUAUUGUUCUUCAAAAUCAGAUGGAUGGCCAUCUAAAGACUAUUCUGGAAGGGAUCUCAAAGUUGGCAUCUGAUAAAGUGUUAGCUGAAGAUGAACUAGCAAGUUUGCAAUCCAUCUUGGUGAAGCUUCUUUCUCAUUUUAAGGACUUGGAACAUGUGUUUUCUUUGAAUCAUUUUCUUCAGAUCUUAGAUAUGAUGCAUGGGAACUCUCGGGGCAUUGUCAAUAUGCAUAUACUUGAUAUGGCUACAAGGAAUGGUUAUGUACAUGAUCCAACAACCAUACAGUUACUCUUUGAAAUAUCACAGGCUUUAAAUAGUGAUACUGAUCUUGUAAACAUGAAAAAUGAUGAUAACCAACAGCAAGCACGGCUGAUUUCUCGUUUUGUCCGAAUGGUAGAUCAUGGAGUAGAGUAUGAACGACAUUUAGCAUUUCUUAUGGAAUGUCGUGGGGCCCUUGGUAGCAUUAUUGAACUCAAGGAAAUUCUUGUUCAUUCUAGUAAUUGUUUAGCUACAAAAGCUCUAAAAGAUGGGAAAAAGCAUACUGCUUUUGUAAAGACUUGCAUAGCAUUUAGUGAAAUCACAAUUCCUUCUAUUCCGGGUCACAUUAAGCAAUUAAAUCUUUAUCUUGGAACUGCUGAGGUUGCACUGUUAGGUGGUUUAGUUUCUCAUUCUGAUGGACUGAUAGAUUCAGCAAUCAACUGUUUACAGAGUUCUGAUUGGAUGGAAGGCUCUCGAACACUUGAUUCUGAUGGGAUGCUUUCCUCCAUUCGAAAAUUAUGCAGCCUCUUGGUUAUGGUUCCAGGUAAUCCUGAAGUAGGAAUUUUGCAUAUUCCAAAGAGUAUAUUAUUGAUCAUUCAUUCCCGGUCAUGGUCUCCAAGACUGAAGGCAAGAAUAUUAUUCGCAAUAAUUUCUUUAUCAGCUACACUUUCUCAAGAAAGGCUCCCAUACCAUGCAGAUCAUCCAGAGAUUAUGGGCAAUGAUUUGUUAUUUUUUGGUGAUUCAUCUUAUGUGCGUGAACUUCUCUCAUUGACGGAAUCUGUUCUUCAAAACCUUGUUGACGUUAUUGAGCAAGAGCCUUCCCGGGCUGCCCGUGGAAGCUUGUCACUUGAAGCUUGUAACUGCAUAGCAUCAUCUUUCAAGAUAAACGAACAUGUAUUAUCUGUCUGCUCGAAACUGAUUGAAACUGCCAAAUUGUGUUUGAAUGCGAAGGACAAGUAUCUCACUUCCACCAUUAGUUUUCUGUACAAGAACUUGUCUGCUGCAACUGUCUCAUCGUCUAUUGCUAUCUGAUACACAUGAAAAUGGUUUUCAAUUACAAUGUUGAUCGGAUCGGACCCUUCGUUUUCUAUGAAUUAUUCAUGUGGGACACAUGAAUUGACAUGAUGGUGUGAUAAGUUCGUAGAAAAGCAUAGGAAAAAAAUUAAUUAAACUUGUAUUGGAUGUUCAUCAUGGAGUCCAUGUAACAUAAUUGAAAACCGGUAAAUAGGCCAGGAAAUAUUCUUUGCAUUCCUUGAUUGUUAAGACUUGGAAACAGUUCUUGAAAAGAAAAGCCUUUUGUCUUUUUUAUAGAUCAUUCAUUUAUCUUGAUGUAAGUUGUAUCCCAUUAUUACAACUAGAUUUCAAUAAAUGAUUAUGGGUGAAGUGAGGGUAAGAGAUUUGAAUUUGAAUUUGUUA